GAGAUGGCUUAGAAUUCAAUCAAUUGGAAUGCAAAAGCACCAGCAGAUCAAUUUGCUUACAAACUACUUCAUUAUUGCUCUACCCCACUCUCUUCUAAUAUGACUUUAAGUCUAAGUUUGAUUAUUUCUGUUAAACACCCUUUAAAUCAUCAUCAUAUAUAUAAUUAAUUAUCCUUGAUGAUCACAUGUCCUUUUUUUUUUAUCAUAUAUAUUUAAGUUCCUAGCUGCCACACAUUACUAUAUUUGAGCUCCAUAAACUUGUUUCCAUUUCUUAAUAGUUCUCGUUCCGACAAAUACCUCAUUUUCUUCUCAUUUAUAAAAAAAAACACGAGAAAAAUGGGACGACACUCUUACUGUGUGAAGCAGAAGCUGAAGAAAGGCUUGUGGUCACCUGAAGAAGAUGAUAAAUUGUGCGAUUAUAUUACGAGAUUCGGUGUCGGUUCUUGGAGUUAUGUGCCUAAAUUAGCCGGUUUGGAGAGAUGCGGAAAGAGUUGCCGACUGCGAUGGAUUAAUUAUUUGAGACCUGAUCUUAAAAGAGGAAAGUUUUCGCAACAAGAAGAGGAUUUGAUCCUCACUCUUCAUCAAUCUCUUGGCAACAGGUGGGCUCAAAUUGCAGCACAAUUGCCAGGAAGAACAGACAAUGAGAUCAAGAACUUUUGGCACUCGUCUCUUAAGAAGAAGCUUCCGGAAACGCACGAGAAUAUAACUCAAACUCGAACGGAAGUUAUCAAUAUGGAGGAUAAAGUACUCUAUGAUCCUCUUUUCUUGUCCGAAUUACAAUGCGAUCCUGAUUUUUCGCAGCAAAAUCUCACGAGGCCUAAUUAUUUGGAUAAUCGAAAAACGGAAUAUUCCGAUAGCUCGGUCGGAAAUACUCCUAGUACAUUUUCAUGGGACGAUGAAAUUAAAAACAAGUAUGAAUCCAUGUUUGAUUUCCGGAUCGAAGAAACGAAUACGCAAACUGUAUGGGAAGAAGGGAAUCAGCAGAUUGGAGAUUUUGGUAAUUAUCCAUUGGCAUUACUUUCUGAAGAACUGUCUGCAGCAAACUUUGAUGCUUUUCAACAAAUGUGAACUGUAAUUUGUUUUGUUUUUUAUUUUUUAUUAUUUAUUUAACAAAUUUCAUUUACUUGUAUUAAUUUAGGGAAAGCUUUUCAGGUGUGAAUUUUAUAUCUUGAUUUCUUUUUA